AUGUUUUUUGACUUCAAGAUAAUCAAGAUGAUUGAGGAUGUUGAGGAUGUUAAGGAUUUUGAUGGGGGCGGAGGGAGCCGCCGGUUCGGUGUCGCGCCGUUCUCUUUAUCUCUAUUGUGGCCAUCGCCGGUCCAUUCACCGGUGGCGACUGUCGUUCCUGCCCGGGGUGUUGCCUCCGCGGUAACAACUAUCUUCCAUAUCAUCGAAUCAUUUGACAGACAUGUGUGUCUUAUUGGUGUUGUUAUCACUGAGGAUGCUUGGUUGUCUGAUCUACUUGUCAGGGUAGAAAGCCUGUCGACUAGUACUCUUCUUUAUAAGAAUAAGCUAUGUAACUUAGAUUUACCAGUAUCUAGUUAUAGUUGCUUAUUAAGUCUUCUUAACUCUAAUAUCUACUAUUACUUCUUCUAUAAAAAUAAAGAUAAGAAGAUAAAUAAUCUAUUAAUAUAA